AUGUCUCUUUCCUCUUCCUCCCUAUCCUCACUUCCUACUAAUUCCCCUUCCUUCCCUUCCACCGCUCAAAGACAACAGCAAGACGAUACCAACCGACUCCUCCAUUCACUAACAGAAACAGUCACUCGAUUACUUACUCUCCACUUAUCUGACGGUCUGGAAUCCCCAUACGUAUAUGAAGAUCUACUCAAACCGAUCAAUCUGACCACAUGGAAAAAUGAAAAAUACCCUUAUCCCAAUUUCAAGGACAAGUCUCAAAAUGAAGUAUAUGAUCUGAUUGUGAUUCUAGCUAAGAGGGUAGCGGAGUUUCUAACCAGGUUGAGUGUGAUGGUGAAGGUGGUAUAUCAUCUGUUCGGUUUAUUGGAGAUUAUCAUUAGGCGAUUGGAAACGGUUGAAAGGGGCGAUGAUGAGAUUAGGGUGGUGGAAAAGAGGUUGAACAGGUUAGAGAGGAUGAUGAUGAUGAGAUCUCGAGUGGGGAUUGAAGGUGGGAUCGGAUCAAACCAAAAGGAAAAGGAAAAAUAUCAACCUCCUACUCCGAAAUCUAGCAAAGGUGAUAGAACUGUUAGAUAUGGAAGAGUGGACCAACAUCCUAUGAUGAUUGUCAACGAAGAUGAAGAAGAGAGAAGCUCGAAUUUGAGACGAUCAAGUAGACAUGUCAAGGUGGUUGAUUAUACUAUCUCAUCUUCCGAUGAUGAUAACCCUGAAGCAGACCUGGAUGUGGAUUAA